UUAGUAAUUUACCAGCUUAAAAUGACUGAUAAUAACAUCUGCAAAUAUUUUCUCCGUAUUUUGCCACCUUACAGGCGCAACAUAGUCUUUAUUCUUUGUGGAAUGCAAAUACUUUUUUUCACAAUUAUUUUAGCAAUUCAUCAAGCAUUUUGGCUUUUAUCUACUCGAAUAUUCCCAGUUGCCUAUCAAAUGUUUGAUGAUACAAGAAAUAGAGACUUUGAAUUUUCUUGGAAUAAAACUUCUAGGCAACAAUUGGAUAGGUAUCAAGCACAGUUAGCUGUAAGUUGGGUAAUUGCUUGUGUAGGUAUAAGUAUUUCAAUGCUUUGUAUUAUUCCUGAAUUUUGCACUGUAGAAGUAGCUGCUGAGGAAGAAGUUGAUUUGUGUGUAAGACAACCAAGUAUAGCUAAAAUGUUAACACCAUUAUUAUUUUUAUGUAAUUUCCUUCUGGCUGCUUGUUUAAUUACAGAAUGGGUAGAAUUCCCUUUAUUUGACAAUCUCUUUCACAAUCUUUUUUAUGGUGCAAUUAAAGAAGAAGCUUAUUUAACAAGUUUUGAAGAGGAAUUGAAUUGUGUUAGUGAUGAAGAUAAAGAAGGACUGGAUGUGUGGAAAUGUGACAGAAUAAUAGAAAGAGCUAUAUUAAACCAUAAAUGGCUUAAUCCCCAAUUAAUUGCCCAACUAAUUUUGACUGUUUUAUCAAUAUUUGUUUGUAUGUUAUUUAAUGAUCAAGAAAAAAUCAACAGAGGACAACUAAAUUGUCCAGAAGAAAUUGAUUGA